UUCGUGGUCCGGUGGUCCUCUCCACUCCACAGUGUUUCCACGGAGCGCUGCACAACUCCUAAAUUGAGCUGCUACCUUAGUGAAGUUGUCCAGCAUCCCUGACCAGAGAGCUCUAUAGCAGGCACCAUGCUCCUCAAAGUCUCUCUCCUGCUCCUCUCCGGAUCCAUUCUCCUCAACUGCAUCCCUGCACAAAGGAUUAGAGUGAGAAGACAGAACAUGAAGGUUCGCAUCAACGCUACGGGCGACACCAUCGUGAUGAAGUUUGUCCGGCCCAACCCUGACACCAAGCUGGAGGGCUACAUCCUGGGCUACGGCAGCAGCAUGUUCUCUAAACAGUUCAUCCAGCUGCCUGAGAAUGGAGAGCCCUACGAGACUGAGAUAGAUGCUGAACCCAAGUAUCUUGUUGCUGUCCAGCCAAUCCCGAGCAACGAUGUAAAGAAACAAUGCACAGGAAAGGUCAACCUGGAGAAGCCACUCCACCUGGUUAUUGGCUCCGUCACCCCAACCUCUGUGCUGCUGUCCUGGGGAACCUUCCUGAAGACGCCCUACGAAGCAGGCAACAUCAUGAACGACUGUUUGGAAGACGGACACUACACCGUCCGCUACAGGGAGAGGAACAGGAAGUGGAUCUACCAGACCUGCCCCACCAGCGACACUGUGGUUGACAACCUGAAGCCCGACACCCCAUAUGAGUUUGGGGUCCGCUCCAACAAAGACGAACGCAGCGGAAUCUGGAGCAAGCCUGUCAUUCACAAAACCAACAUGGGCGCAGGGUUGGACAAAAGUGUCCAGAAACCCUACAAGCACCGGACCCCUAUUGUGAAGCCAAUGAAACCACCCAUGUCCCGUGCACUUUUCCCACCUCGUCCAGCUAUUCACAAUAAGACUCAGCCUAGACUCCCUCUGACCAAAAACCAAGGUUUCCCAGGAGCUCCCAAGACAUCUUUUGCACCACCAGAGAGACACCUGGAAGCUAGACCUGACCCCCGCUCCAAUGAGCCUCAAUGGCCACAGUUCCCACUGGAUGGAGGAAACAGUAUUAGAAAUGCUUCCUCUCAUCUCGUGGACCUCCCUCCUGCCCCCCUCCAACUCCUGCCCACCAAAACCCCCAGUACCUCCUCUGCCACCCCUGUCCUUAACAACCCCUCUCCACCCGGUGAAAAGCAACAGGGAAAGACCCAACCCAGGGGACCUACUAGCGCCACAGUGAAGACACAUAACCCUUCCUCUGCUCUCAGCGAAUCACAGAAAGGAGCAUCACUGCUAACCCCCACCCUGGGCAGUGAGAAAGCCAAUAAUAACAACUUGGGUCAAGGCAGCCAGAGAAAUUUGAAACCCCAUGGCCCGGCCAUCACACUGAUAGCCAGGACCAUGAAGUCUCCUGCUGCCACAAACCCUCUCUUUCCCUUCACUGAUGGCUCAAGACAAGAUACCCCAUCCUCCUCCUCCUCUUCUUCCUCAUCCUCCUCCUCAUCCCUUCUUCACAGGUCUAAUAACUCAUCACAGACCUCCGGAACAACAGGGGCCAAUGGUAAGCAUCACAAAGGAACCGGCCUCCCCAAACCAGUCGUUUGGAACAGACUGAGAAUGGCAAACACAAACAACUCGCUGUUGGAGGACAUAAACCCUGAUGUUUUGGGCCGUUCAGGCUUCUCUUCCAUUGAGGACCAGUUCUAUGGAUCUCGUCCAUCCAUUCCUGUCAACAAAAAGACCAACCUGGUUGGCAAACCUGGUGAUAUGAACAAGCUGAAUGUCUUGAAGCAAACAGACAAGGCCUCCAUUUUGAAGAAGUUUCCAUCAGUGACGACUAAACCUGCCAAGCAAGACCACAGACACACAACAACGACUGCACCAUCAGCCAACGACAUCUGGUUUGAAACCUGGGAGAACUCCUCAUUAUUCAGCUCCCUACCAGCCUCUGACGUGGACGCAUUGGGAAAGAAACGUUUCGUUGCACCCCAUGUAGUCUACAAGACGGACAAGAAACCAGACGAGCCUUGUUCCAUCACCACCUCUCUCAGCUACUUCCCAGAGGAGGAGGGCGGGGAGACAAACGUGACAGCCCCGCCCAAGUCUCCGCCCUACAACCUCACCGUGGUAACGGUGGAGGGAUGCCCCUCCUUCAUCAUUCUAGACUGGGAAAAGACAGACAACGACACCACAGAAUAUGAGGUCAUCUCCACGACGAAGGGACCAGAUGGUACUCAGGUCUCCAUCCUGACCACCAACCAGACUCACACUGCAGUAGAGAACCUCAAACCCGAGAGCAGCUACGAGUUCAAGGUGAAACCCAAGAACGAGCUUGGAGAGGGGCCACCCAGUGAGCCUGUGUCCUUCAACACUGAAUCAGCGGACCCACGUGUGAGUGAGAAUGUCUCAGGAAAAGAUGCCAUCUGGACCCAGUUCCCCUUCAAGACAGACUCAUACUCGGAGUGCAAUGGCAAGCAGUACGUAAAAAGGACCUGGUACCGCAAGUUUGUGGGCAUCCAGCUCUGCAACUCCCUCCGAUACAAGAUAUAUCUGAGUGAUUCUCUCAACGGUAAAUUUUACAACAUUGGGGACCAGACUGGCCAUGGUGAGGACCACUGUCAGUUUGUAGACUCGUUCCUGGAUGGAAGGACAGGAAACCAAGUCAGGGCUGACCAGCUGCCAGCAAGAGAAGGGUAUUACAGGGCUAUGAGACAAGAGCCAGUCAACUUUGGUCAGAUAGGAGGGAACUCUCACGUCACCUACGUGUCAUGGUAUGAGUGUGGAACGGCCAUUCCUGGCAAAUGGUAGGACCCCCCCAAAGCUGUCUGUGGAGAAGGCCGAAGGAUAUACAGUACAUAUCAAACCGGCUGGGAAGGUGGCAGGAAGGGUCCUUCUACGCAUCCAAUCAGUCUCUGGAUGCUACAUAUCCCCAUCCAUCCGCCCCCAACCCCCAGCCAUGUAAAAACCUGUACAGGAUCUCCGGGUCAGGUUAAUAUAAUGUCCAUAUGUAAUAGCCUUAUCUUAUUUAUCAAACAUGACAAAAAGGCAAAGGGAUAAAAAGAACAUAGUAUGAGAUAAAUGGAGAAACUUCUAACUAACAGUGUGAGGUAACAAACAUACAGUAGGUAUCUUUUUUUUGUUUUAAUAAUGGGAAGCUGGCUCCCUGAAACUUAUUUUGAUAACGUGUAUAAUAUUAUUUAUCAAAGUGUUUGAUGCCAUGUUCCGAGUUCUAGGAAAUGGGUUAUAAUGCAACGCUUUUGCUGUACAGUACGAGUUGUAGAGUUUCAGACAACCUGCCGGAAUUUCAUGGUUUCAUUCAGUGACCGAUUCAUGGUGCAAGAAUUGUCCCAUAAUUUGGUCAGUCUUAGGGCUCUAUUCAAUCCGCUGAAGCUCAGCGUUGCAGCAUGAUUGAAAUUUAAAGGCAAUUUUCCCGAGUUAGCGGAGACUGCAUUCAUGGUAAACGCUGCAUAUGUCGGCUCAAUGGGAAAUGACCUUUACAUUUCCAUCACGCAAUCUGUAAUGCUUCAGCGAAACAAAUUGAAUCCAGCCCUAGUUCAAUAUACACCUUCAGAGAAGAUAAUGCUGUAAAUAUUAACAUGAAGUCCACUCUCACACAUAUCCACUAACCAGUGGAGGCUGCUGAGGGGAGGACGGCUCAUAAUAAUGGCUGGAACGGAGUGAAUGGAAUGGCAUUAAACAUAUGGAAACCAUGUAUUUGCUGUAUUUGAAAACAUUCCACUAAUUCCCCUCCAGUCAUUAUCACGAGCCCGUCCUCCCCAAUUAAAGUGCCACCAACCUCCUGUGCCAGUAGUUCAUUGUAUGAAUGUUGACCGAGCAAUGGCACAUGACGCACCUGCAUCUUCCCCUCGCAGUCACCUAAAACCAAAAAGGAAAAUAAGCACACAUGCAGAGGACGUCUCGCACCAAACCAAUACUUCUCCUUCAUUAGCCCUGAUAUAUGGGGUGGCUGUGCAUGGGAGGUCUUUACACUUGCAAUUUGCACAGCAUAAAUGUAUUUAUAUGUAUAUGGAGAGACAGUAUUUUUUCAACUAACUUUUUCAAAAGACACGUCCCUUAAAGCGAACGCUCAUACUUCACAGUGUUCCACUGGCAACAUUUUACAUCCUCUGAUACAACACGUUGUAUAUAUAUCAUGUUGGAAAAUAAGAGGGAUAUCUUUUCUUCUUAGUAGCCUUGAUAAAUGGUACAGAGAGGAGUCCUGUUGAAUGAUUUCUUAGUUUUGUACAAAAAUACAUUUUUGGCUCAAUGCGCUUGCAGAUCAGUGUUUUCAUACUUAUUUUUUAUGGAGAAUGUUUGUCAUAUGGAACUGUACUCUUGUUUUUGUAAACACACUUUCAUUUCUGUAUCUAUUUUCAAUAAUAAAAACAGAAGUUCUGUUACUUUUUUAUUUAAAAAAAUAUGUCCUUGCCAUUUUUCACUUUGGGUAACUCUAAGUGAUAGUGUUUUCCAGUUGAAGAAGCGUACAGGUGGAACUUGAAAAAUAAACUGCCUUCCUUAA